AUGGAGCAUGCAUUCCAGACUCAAUCGCAUUGGGAGUCAAGCACAAAUGAAAAACAAAAAGGAGUGGACUUCGGCGGAGAAGAACAAACAUCAGGGAACUUCAAAGGCAAAGGUAGAGGUAAGUCUUUUACUCAAAUCAAGUGUUUGUAUUGUGAUAAGCUUGGUCAUACAAUAAAAUUCUGUAGGAAAAGAAUAUUUGAGGAGAAUAAGACCUCUAAUUUUAUACGCAAAGAGGACAGUCAAAAUGAUGACACUAUGUUUAUGAUGCUAAGUAUACAAGAGAAAAGCAUGAGUGAUCUGUGGUACUUAGACAAUGGGUGUAGCAAUCAUAUGACAGGAAACAAGGAUUUGUUUCUCAAUUUAGAAGAAUCCAAAAAGAAGGAUGUGAGAACAGGAGAUGAUAAAAAACUCAUUGUAUAUGGGAAUGGGGAUAUCUCAAUUAAAAUCAGGAACAAAGACAAGAGGAUUUCUGAUGUCUUCUAUGUCCCUGGUCUAAAGCAUAAUUUAUUAAGUGUGGGACAACUCAUACUCAAGGGAUAUAGAUUGGUAUUCAAAGAUGGGUGUUGUGAAGUUACUGAUUCUACAAACUCACCAAUUGGUAGAAUCAUUAUGACUAGCAACAAAAUGUUCCCAAUAAGAUUUGACAAUGAGAGCUUUCUUGCCUUAGCCAUAAACGUUAAGGACACUUCACUUCUGUGGCAUAAGAGAUUUGGACAUGUCAAUCUCAACACCCUAUCUCUCAUGCAUAAACAUGAAUUGGUAAAAGGACUGCCUUUUGUUACUCCUCUUAACCAUAUUUGUGAAGCAUGUGUGUAA